CUUAUUCUCAGCAGCGAAGAGGCAACCAGUUUGGGUGCUACCGGAACAAUCCACGCAGCGUUAAUAAUAGUUGUCAUCAGGUUGCUACAACUUUGAGCGAAGGUCAUAACAGAAAAGGAAAACUGCAGCAUAAUAUAGUGAAAUAUUCAUUUUAGUUCAUUGAUGCGGGGACGUUGUUAAGCGCUUAGUGUUUUUUCAGCGUGCCUCUGGUCUUCUCUCCUGCUGACCAAUGCUUCUGCAUCAGUUCAUGAACGGAGCUCUGGAAGUCAUGCAUCCCACAUCGCUUCAGAAAGACACUACUUUUACUAAAAUCUUUGUCGGGGGGCUUCCAUACCACACGAACGAUGCCUCACUGAGAAAAUACUUCGAGGCCUUUGGGGACAUUGACGAAGCUGUGGUGAUAACGGACAGACAGACCGGUAAAUCCAGAGGAUACGGAUUUGUGACAAUGACAGACCGAGGAGCAGCAGAGAGAGCCUGCAAGGAUCCCAACCCCAUAAUCGAUGGCAGGAAGGCCAACGUGAACCUGGCCUACCUGGGUGCCAAACCCCGCAGCAUACAGACAGGCAUAAACAUCGGAGUGCAGCCCAUUCACCCAGCACUCAUCCAAAGGCAGUAUGGGUUGGCCCAGCAAUUUGUCUACCCCCAAGCCUAUGUGCAGCCUAGCUUGGUGCUGCCCACUCAGGUUUCCAGCGCUGUCAGCACCAGCCCCUACAUGGACUACAGCGCAGCCUACACCCAGUACGCUCAGGCAGCCUUUGAGCAGCAGUACCCGUAUGCGGCCUCCCCAGCUGGCUUCCUGGGCUACAGCUACGCCACCAGCCCCACAGCCACUGCCGGUCCGGCCGCCGCCACCACAGCUCCAGCCACCGUUCACCCCACCCUCCCCUCCGCCACUGGCCAGGCCCAGGCCUUUCUGCACUACGCCCCACAGCAGCACAUCCAGCCGGACCGUAUGCAGUGAGUCUGAAGGAAGAGGAGAAGGAGCGGUACAGGUGGAGGAGGUGGGAGGAGGGAGUAGGGGAUGCAGACCUUUGGACAGAGGAUGGCAAAAUGCCCUACAGGGUGACCCAGCUAUCAUCAGCAGAGGCUUUCAGGAAAAAGGGCGGGACUAUUGCACUAUACGAUCAGGAUGAGUCGUUUGCUCAUUGGUUUGGGGGUGAAGGGGUUGGGUGGGUUGGAGGACUGUCGAGGUUAACAUUGGGAAGCUAAACAGCAUAAAGUAUGUGAUCGCUUCCAAGGGCUUCCAGAAGCUGACACUUCAUUUUUUAUUAUUAUUUUAUCGUUGUUUAUUAUUAUUGUAUUAAUGUCAUUGUCAAUGUUUGUAUGCCAUUAUUAUCAAUGUUAUCAUGUUUUUGGCUCAGUCAGUGGAAGGUAUGUGUUUAUGGUACAUAUUAAUGAUGGAGAGCUGUCUGGGACAUGUCACACCUCUUCCCUUCCCUCUUUGACUCCAGAGUAUCUGGGGCGGAUAUGAAGAGAACUGCUGCUUUAAGACACUCGGGGACAGUCAGAAAUGUGGGGGCAGGGUGAAGACAGGUUGGGGAUUUGGAGUCAUGCAGCCUGCCUUUCUGUGGUCCCAUCCUAGUGCCAUCCCCAGUAAGGUAGAGCAAUGACUGCCCUAUGAACAAACCUCCAGCCGUUGGCUCCACAACACAGGAGGACAAUUAGAGAUUUCACCUCAAGGACAAAAUGGAACGCAAGUUUUCAGUAUACAAGACAUGUUUUGAGUCUGUGAUGUUAAGACUACACAUUAUUUUUUAAAUUCUUAUUAAUUAAAGAGGCCUUAAUAAAAGAGAAACUUCUUUUUGAAUCUCCUGAUUUUUCAAGCGCUCCCCCCCCACCACAGAACCAAGUGCAGAGAGCCCUCUGUAGCUGGCCUUUCAGCAGUCAGUCACUUUAAUCUGGCUUACUUGGGUCUUGAUAAUUUCAAAUGGAUGUAGAUAAUCACAUGCAGUAUGUGGGCGAUGGGGACCAGGAGCGCUGUGCAUCGUUGUUUAAAGGUAGCUGACACUGAGCUUAAACACCAGUGUAUUUUCUUUCUGUUUUUCUGACUGAGAAAUUGUUGCUCUCAAAAGGACAUUCAUGUACAGCAAUUUAAAAUCUUCUCAGUCAUAAAGUACAUUUACAAUAUUUAUAUGUAGGUAUUUAUAUUAGGAAUUAAGUUAAGAUAGCUUCUUCUUUUUUUGUUACUAUGACUAUGGUUGCGGCACUGAUUUCAUUUAACCUGCAGUGGCACACCUGCAAAUCCCUAGGUGUCGUAUUCAUUUUGUUUUUUGUUUUUUCAACAUGUCAGUGGAUUUGCCCGGGUGCAUGGCAACUACAGUAGAUGCUCCUCUGUUGAGCCUUGACCAGUUGCAUCAGAAAUUUGCUAGAUCUUUUCAAUAAAGAUGUUUACUACAGUCCCUUCAAGAAGCCAUAACAAAAAAAUAGAAAUAAAGACUUUGUACUUAAA